CCCAACUCGAAUCUCCCCAGAUCCUCCGCAUCAUCUGAAAACCCAGAUGCUUCUCCUCCAGCCCAGUGCAGUCCCUGCGCCUGCUCUGCGGGGGAGGCCUCGGCCACGUCGGCGGCUGGUGCCGCCUCCCCUCGCCUCCGCGCCCGCUUCCAUCGUCGUCAGCUCCGACGAGGACGCAUUCACCAGGUGCUCCGGGUACCUGUUCGAGGAGGGCGCGGCCACCGAGUCGGAGCUCCCCACCGCGUACGACCUCCCCGGCAUCGCGGCCGUGUACCGCCGCCGCCCGCUCCUCGUGCUCCGCCGCUCCCUGCAGAUCGGCACCUCCUUCGGCCGGUGGUUCGCGCUGCGGUACCUCGAUCGCGUCAACGAGCGCGCCGACGACAUGUUCGAGCUUCGGGCGGCUCAGCUCAGGAGGAUACUCUUGGAGCUUGGCCCGGCAUUUGUGAAGAUCGCACAAGCAGUUUCGUCACGGCCGGAUGUUGUUCCACCUGCAUACCUUGAUGAGCUCUCACUACUUCAGGACCGCAUAGCACCAUUUUCAAACGAUGUUGCUUUUAAUAUUAUAGAGAAAGAGCUUGGGCUUCCACUGGAUAUGGUUUUCUCUGAGAUAACACCAGAGCCUGUUGCUGCUGCAUCUCUUGGGCAGGUUUACCAGGCUAGGCUCCGCUCCAGUGGGAAGAUUGUUGCUGUCAAAGUACAAAGACCUGGAGUUCAAGCAGCAAUUUCAUUAGACAUAUAUAUCUUGAGGUUCCUAGCUAGUCUUGCAAGGAAGGCUGCCAAGUUGAACACAGACCUUCCAGCUGUGCUUGACGAAUGGGCAUCAAGCCUAUUCCGGGAGAUGGAUUAUAGAGAAGAAGCAAGAAAUGGACUUAAGUUCAGAGAAUUGUUUGGGAAAUUUAGAGAUGUGUCGGUUCCUGAAAUGUAUCUGGAACAGACAAGAAGGCGAGUCCUUAUCAUGGAAUGGAUCGAGGGGGAAAAGUUAUCAGAAGUCAGAGAUCAAUAUUUGGUUGAGGUUGGAGUAUAUUGUUCACUUUCACAGCUAUUAGAAUAUGGAUUCUAUCAUGCAGAUCCACACCCUGGAAAUCUUUUGCGUACAGUUGAUGGGAAAUUAGCCUACUUAGAUUUUGGGAUGAUGGGAGAAUUCCGACAAGAACUUCGUGAUGGAUUUAUUGAAGCUUGUCUUCAUCUUGUUAACCGUGAUUUUGAUGCUUUAGCAAAAGACUUUGUAACCCUUGGUUUACUUCCUCCAACUGCCCAGAAAGGUGAAGUCACAAAGGCAUUGACAGGUGUAUUUGAGAAUGCUGUUAACAGAGGAGUUCAGAAUAUAAGCUUUGGAGAUCUGUCAGGAAAUCUUGGACGAACAAUGUAUAAAUUCAAGUUCCAGAUACCGUCUUACUUUUCCCUUGUAAUUCGAAGCCUUGCUGUUUUAGAAGGUAUCGCAAUCAGCUUCAAUCCAAAGUAUAAAGUUCUGGGGAGUUCAUAUCCAUGGAUUGCAAGAAAAGUUCUCACUGACAGUUCACCAAAGCUUCGAUCAACUUUGCAGACUCUUCUUUAUAAGGAUGGCACUUUCCAAAUUGAUCGCCUGGAAUCUUUGUUAACUGAGUCACUUCGUGCAAGAACAGAGCAAUCAUUGGUCAGAAAUGAACAAGAUGUCGACAGUACGAGAUAUGCAAUUAAGCAAGUCUUGUCAUUCACACUCGCUGACCAGGGUGCCUUUGUGAAGGACUUACUUCUUCAGGAGAUUGCUAAGGGAAUAGAUGCACUUGGUGUAGCCACAUUAAGUUCUGCAACGUCUGCAGCAGCCUCCAGAUUGCCAUUCGGUGGUGGACCAUCCCCAUUGACCUCACUAGAUGACGAAGAUGCCACAAACUUAAGAAAUCUGUAUCGCCUGCUCCUACUUUUAUCUAAGGUUUCUCAGAAGGAAAAUCCAUCUCCAAUUCCUGAAUAUAACAGUGCCAUAGAGAAGGAAGGUGGUAGCACGGAUGAACUUGCUCUUGCGCUGUAUGGAAUGACCUCUCUGCCAGAAUUUCUUCCAGUUCUUUCUGUCAUUCCUGAGCUUCCACCGGAGUCCCAACAGCAGUUGCUUCUUCUGCCAGCGGAUUUAACCAAUCGUAUUUUAUCUCGGGCUCUCGCGAGAACCAUUAGAAGACUCAUGUAAAGCCAUAGGUGCAGAAAUUUUCGGUCCCUGCUUAAUUUUUAUUUUACUAUUCUUUUUGGUUCACUGCUAGAAGAUGGGGAUUUUUUUAGCAUCUCAUCUACAACCCAAGAUCAAUCCCUUUUUUGUUAUCUACGAUUACUAUGUACAUAUUGUUCAAACUAAAGCAGGCAUUGUAAAUGGCCCAUGUUGUUAUGCACAUAUGGUGUAACUGAUAAACUUUAAAUAUAUGUGAACAUAGAAAUAAUUCUGUAAUGCAAUUUGCCUCGAAAGC